CGCGGAUUUUGCCCGGUAACUUGUAGGCCCCACCAGCGGGCCCCCACCGAACUCCUCGAGUGGAUGGAUCGCCGCCAUAAGUACUGUCCCUACGUCACAGACGGCAAGUAACUCUUCCGAAAUACGUAGCUCUCUCUUUGCUCGUCUCUUUUGAUCUUUUCCGGCUCCGAAUUGGAUUUCUUUCAACCGUCCCGACGAUCAUAUCUGUUUCUGCGUUUUAGAAGCUCCGAUUUCAUCACUUCCAAGUGUUAUUUCUAUGGCGAACUUGCAUAGGGGGCACGGUAACAUGCCUGUUUUAAACGACACCCCGCUUGAAGAGGACAUCAGGAUUCCACACGGGAGCCCGGUUCCGGAUGAAUUUUCAGAUUCUGACUUUGAGGAUGAUUUUGAAACGGGUAAUCGGAAAACAGAUACAUCUGCGCUGGAGGCCAGAAAUGGCAAGGAUAUCCAAGGGAUUCCUUGGGAACGUUUAAAUAUUACCAGAAAGUCUUGCCGCGAAGAGAGGUUAAAGCAAUACAAGAACUAUGAGAGCCUCUCGCGCUCUAGAGAAGAGAUUGAAAAGGACUACAAGGAUGUAGUGAAAGGGCAAAACUUUUUUGACUUCCAAUACAACACCAGGCUUGUAAAACCAACCAUUGUGCACUUUCAGGUGAAUUAAAUUUUCAGCUACUCUCAAUUUUUGUGCUCCAGAUAUUGUAUGAUACACCAUGUGGCUAUCUUUCAGUAUCUUGCACUUGCACAUUGUGAAAUGGAUUGAAGUGUGUAGCAGUGUAGGAUGUCUUCGGAAAUUCACACAUCAUUUAAAUACAUAAUCAACUUAUCAAAGUUAACCUGGUUCUUCUUUUGUUUUGUGAGAAUCAAUAUUCCCUCUCUGCAGUGAUGUGAGAAUGGUGUAGAGUGGACUGGAGAUAUCUAAGGAAUGUCACUCAUGUGUUUGAAUUACGGAACAUAGUAGAUCAUAUCUCCCCACAUUGAGUGCCCUACUUGGUUAACAUUACUUGAUUUUUAAUUUGAUUUUUAUUUUGUUUGAUUUAGUAUGUUAAUUCACAUAAAACAAACUAUAUCAGAAGUUCUGCAUACAUCAUGGUCAUUUUUUACAAGUCAAAGAAAACAAACGAAAAAGAACAGUUAGCUAGUAGAAUGUGAUGUCUAAUCCACAUUGCUAGAUAUGACACAGUGGGGCACACAGUCUAAGGAAAAUGCAAUCUCAUUCCUCCCCUAGCUGCGUUCAAGCAUUGUGCCUAUCACUGUAAACUGGACUGUAUGAUCGUGCCCUUCUUUUCUUUGACAUUUCAUCUGUUUUGUUUCUGAACACUUUUUAUGUGAGGCUAACUCAUUCAGUCUCUUACACUUCACCUAGUAGAAUGUGAUGUCUAAUCCACAUCUAAUUCAUUUCACAUUUAAUGCAUUUAGACUUAUCAUUGCUAGAGUGAUUUAACCCCUUGCUUGUAUUCCUCCUUUUCAAAUGCAAUAAUAAUAGUUUUGCAGGUGUUUUCUUCGAAUUAAGCCUAAUGGGCAUUUUUAUUUAUAAUGCUAACUUUCUGCGAAUAGCAAUCAUGGAGGUAUGAGUUUUGAGCGUUACAAUCAAUUUUGAGUUUGUAGUAUUAGUCUUAUGAACUGCUAACUUGACCCUGAGCAGUUCCAGGAAUAAUUAUGUCAGUCUACCAGAUGAUGCUAAUUGUGGCCUUCAAACUGGUGACUUUCUACUAACUUUAAUGUUUAUGUUGAUUCCUCCACCCCAAAAGCUAUAUAACUGCUGGGAUCAUACAAGUAUCUCAUUUUAUCAGAGAUGGAGGGAAUUGACAUGAUGAGUAGUAUUUCUUAUAUGGACUUGAGUUGUGUCCACCCACUAUGAUAUUUGUAUUAUUUUAUUGCAAGCUCAAGAUUUAUUUGUAUGGAUUCCAUUCUAUCUUGCAUAUAUUUAUUUCAUAGUUAUAUUUACUAUUAUGCUGAUGUAUUAAGUUCUUUUCUACACACAGUUCAAGAAGCUAUAUGAACUUAAGUUCUUUGCCUGUAUGUAAUUUAUACUUUCACUACACUGGAUAAACACUAUAUAUUGUGUUAGCUUGAGUCUCUGUUGCAUUUCAAGUUUUAUAUGCUUGUGAAAACAGUCUUUUUAGAUGCAUUUCAACCCCCCCCCCCAGUUAUGCAACUCAAACUUUGGCAAAACAUUAAAUCUGCACCAACUAUUUUCGAUUUGUCCAUACUCCAUACUGUCUCUUUAGAGAAUAAACUAGAAAUUGUCAGCUAUACCGUUUUCAAGGUGAUGGCAGGACAGAAAACUGGCCUAUAUCAAUUGUUGGAGCUCAUAAUUAUUGGUAUAAAUAGUUUUCUAAGUUGCUAGAUUGCUAGGGUUCUAUAUAAUACUCCGUACUUUUUGUGGGACUGAGCCUUUAUGCAGUUAUGCAUUAUCUUGCAUUAGUUGUGUGGCAUACUAUUUUUCCCUCAUCUUGUGACUCAUGUUUCUUAUUGUGAAGGAAAAACUGAGCUUAAUGCAACGUGGAAUGGUCUGGGUUUCAAUUAUGUGUAUGAGUAUUGUUUUUCAUUAAUUAACCAAUAUAUCUUGUCAGAUUAUUAUGUUGUAUGUAUUUCAGCUUUAGAAUCAUGAGGCAAUUAAUAUCUGGGCAGCGUUGCUGGCACAUUAAGGCACUUUUUCCAUAUGUUAUGAUGGAGAACAUAUGAGAUUUUGAAGACCUUUUCAGGAUGUUGCCACUUGCCAGCCUAGCUCAGAACUAUUAUUUUUCUUUUACACAUGCUGGAUUAAUGGAUUAUACUUAGUUGAUUGCAUUUUGAUGAAACAUCAUGUUUUGCUAAAAUUGCACGGAUAAUUUUUUUGAAUUACUGUUUCCUUCUAAAACUACUCUCCUGCAUUUUCAUCUCUCUAGUUUGAAGUACUUUUUCCUUCUAAAACUAUUCCCGUAUGCAUAUCCAGUUUCUCUCCUGGCUGUAAAUUCUAGGUUGCCAUGUCAUUUUCUAUUAUCUUGAUUAGAAGAUCCCUGCUCAAUCUUACUGAAGAUGGUCCUCUGUGUAAGACCUCUUUUAUGCACCAUACACAUCUGUACGUGCCCAAAGUGUCCAAUAUUUGUUCAUAUAUAUCUUUUAGUUAAACCGACUCAAAUUUUCCUCAUGAUUCACUAGAAUGCUAAUACAUGUUGCUUCAUUUUUACCAAAUAAUCUUUUUGAUAUUUUCCAGCUGUUAUUGACAAGGUGGGUUCUUUGGUUUUAGCUAAGGAGUCUCUUGUGGUCGACAUCCAAGCAUGAUGUCUAUUUCAUGCGAAACAACUCUUUCGUGCACUGGUCUUCUCUUCUCAGGAGACAAAAGGAGGUUGUUAACAUGGCUAGACCACUUGAGCCAACAAUGAAAUACCCUGGAUCGGUUGGCCAGGCACUUUCUAGAGUGCAGAUAUGCGCAGUUGCUGUUAAAGACAAUCUAAUGGUAGCAGGUGGUCUACAAGGAGAACUAGUCUGCAAGCACUUGAACAAACCGGAGAUUGCCUUUUGCACUAAAUUAACAACUGGCCGGAAUGCUACAACUAACACAGUGGACAUUUUUCAAGCACCAAAUGGCUCAUUGAAGCUUAUGGCUGCAAAUAAUGAUGCGCAAGUUAGAGUGCUUGAUGCCCAAAGCUUUGUUAAUCUAAACUGUUUCACAUUCCCUUGGUCUGUGAAUAAUAUUUCUGCCAGUCCAGAUGGUAAAAUGAUCACUGUUGUUGGGGACGAUCCAGAAUGUCUAAUUGCUGAUUCUCAAUCAGGAAAGGUCGUGGGCAACCUUAAAGGUCACCUAGACUAUUCCUUUGCUUCUGCAUGGCACCCGAAUGGACAAGUUGUAGCAACUGGUAACCAGGACACAACCUGUAGAUUGUGGGACAUCAGGAACUUGUCACGCUCUUUUGCUGUACUAAAAGGAAGGAUUGGUGCAAUCCGUACAAUCCAGUUCAGUUCAGAUGGCCAAUUCUUGGCCAUCGGUGAACCAGCCGAUUUCGUGCAUGUUUUCCUUACCGAUUCUGACUAUGUCUCCUGUCAGGAGAUUGAUUUGUUCAGUGAAAUUGCGGGAAUAUCAUUCAGCCCUGAUACUCAAGCUUUGUUCAUUGGAAUUGCCGACAGAACAUAUGGAAGCUUGUUGGAGUUCAAUCGCAGGCAUUAUAAUCACUAUGUCGACUACCUCUGAAAUCCUUUCGACGUGUUCUUAACUUUGACUUUGUAUUUCGAUAUCUCAGGAUUGCUAGCAUGUGCAAAAAUCAAAACACAAACUAAUGUUGGUUUUCUCAUCGAGAUUAGAUCGGAUGAGUGAAUCUACAAAUAUAGAUAAGGUAUAUAGCAAAGUAGUACUAAUAUUGUGAUGGUUGAGCUUCCAUGAUGGUCUCAAAUAUUAUAAAUCACUUCAAAUGAAC